AUGCAAAAGUACUUCCACAACCCCAAACUGCAUCGUACUCUGAGUCGUUUGGCCACGGGUAUUCUCUUCAUGGUCCUGCAUGUUGCAUCGCGGGGUUUUAUACCGAUGCAGUACAUGUUGACUGACGAAUUUUUGAAGCAAUCCAAUUUCUUCUAUCGUCUCGGCUACAUGAUCGCCUUCAGUCAGUUCUUAAUCAUGCGGUACCUCGGCAUUUGGCUUUUUAGCGAGGGUUCGUGCAUCCUAAUGGGUCUUGGUUGCACCGGGAAUGUUCAUGUCAAGUACCUCAGUGGUGACCAGUCGUCUUCGUCACCAAAAAACUACACGGGAACAGUGAAUACGUCCACCUCCCGUAAGACGGCCAUAUUGGGCGGCGGUGCCACCGUGGACUACGAUUUUCAGGCUCUCGAGCAGGAAGUCCUCGAGGGCCGGGCCGUGGUCACUGAGGCCGACCACACGAAAUACGUGUAUAAGCGCCUAAAGUUCCUGGGAAACAAGCAGUUGUCACAAAUGAUUACACUCCUUUUCCUGUCAGUGUGGCAUGGCUUUUACAGUGGAUAUUAUGUGAACUUCUUCUUGGAAUUCAUCACGGUCUACUCGGAAAAAGAAGCUUUCUCUUACUACUGUGCAGUGAAGGCCGAUCAGGCGAUGGCAUCGGCUGUAGCUGAGGUCUCCUGA